AUGGGAUUGAACCUGGUGUGUCCUUGUCCACCCCGGAGGAUAAACUUAAAGAAGGCAUGUGAUGUAAACUGCUUUGGAGUCAGAGCUGCCUCUUGUUAUUUGCUCAAUAGGAAAGAAAGAAGCACUUAUGGUCUCAUGCUAAAAGGAAAAGUGUUGAUGGAAAAUCGAAAUACAUAUGUAGGGAAAGGCAACAAGGCGUGGACCAAGUGUAUAGAAUUUUCCUCAAAAUUGCCUUAUCAUUGCCGCUACAGCUCUAGAUUUUCUAUGCCUCUCUGGGACGACAAGCAGCUGUGCACCCAUUACGAUAAUGUACCCUAUGGUGGUGUAAAUGCCAAAGGCGGUGAAUUCCCACACAUGGCGCUACUGGGGUACGGUGCUGAACGUGAGUCAGCUCAAUGGCUCUGCGGAGGUUCUGUAAUCAGCGAAAGGUUUAUAUUGUCAGCCGCCCAUUGUUCUUCAGAACCCAGAGUAGGAAAUGUCACAUUUGCAGCGUUGGGAAUAUUAAAACGAACGGACCUAAACGACAACUAUCCAGUAUAUAAAAUUAAAGCCAUCAUUAAACAUCCCGAGUACAAAUCACCAUGCAAAUACCAUGACAUAAUGCUAUUAAAAACGGCAAAUGAGAUAAACUUCGGCAAGUCUAUAUUACCAGCAUGUCUGGACACCGGCAAAGUUUGUGACAAUGUUCUGACAGCAACAGGUUGGGGACCUCAGGGCCCUAAAGGAGAGUUGGGAAAUCAUUUACAAGCUAUGACACUGCACAAAUACAACGACGAUUGGUGUUCGAUACUAUUUCCCCCACAUCGACACUUCAAAAAUGGUUACGAUAAUGUAACACAGAUGUGUUAUGGACGAGCAGAUAAAUUAGUGGAUACUUGCGAGGGAGACAGUGGUGGACCACUCCAACAGAGUAUGAACGCUGAUUGUGUAUACCACAUCUUGGGUAUCACAUCCUUUGGUAAAGACGGUGAAACUCCUGGUAAAGCUGGCAUUUAUACUCGCGUGCGAUACUACGUACCCUGGAUUGAGAGCAUAAUAUGGACUAAUGAUUGA